AUGUCGACACCUGCCAGGAAGAGAUUGAUGAGGGAUUUCAAGCGGUUGCAGCAUGACCCUCCGGCUGGCAUUAGUGGCGCUCCUUGUGAUAAUAAUAUUAUGCUCUGGAAUGCUGUUAUAUUUGGUCCAGAUGACACUCCUUGGGAUGGAGGGACGUUUAAGUUGACUCUUCAAUUUAUGGAAGAUUACCCAAAUAAGCCACCAACAGUGCGAUUUAUAUCUAGAAUGUUUCAUCCAAAUAUUUAUGCUGAUGGAAGUAUUUGCUUGGAUAUUUUACAAAAUCAGUGGAGUCCGAUAUACGACGUAGCUGCAAUACUUACUUCUAUCCAGUCUCUGCUCUGUGAUCCAAAUCCCAACUCACCAGCCAAUUCUGAAGCUGCACGGUUGUUUAGCGAGAACAAACGAUAUUGCACUUGUGAGCUAAGGUAUGGGUGGAUCCAUCAAGGGACAAUUGGACAUAAGAAUGAAUGA